AUGGAGAUGCAAGGGCCACAAGAUAUUGCCAUUAUCUCGCCACGUAUGGCAGAAUCAAUCCCGUUCUUCCAGUCAAAAAUGAACCAAGAAAAGGUUGAAAUGCCGGUCAUGAAUGAGCAACAACAACAACAACAGGUAGUCGACGAUGCCGCAUUACGAAUCGACCAGAAACCAUUUGUUUUGAAUCCAGUUUUCUUACAAGUCGAUGAGCCAGGACGUUUUGACGGUGAUACUGUGAAUGUUAUGGAAUAA